UGAAAGGCCCGUUCACAGUGGUUCUUCAUGUGCUGCUCUUACACGUGUAAUUCAUGUUUUCCACUAAAGAGGCCAUCUGCAGUUACACAUGGGGAGAGGUCCCACUAACUCAAACCAUUGGCUCCUUAAUCUCUCUACAUUAUGGAGAGAUAAUUUGUACUUUCUCAUUUUAAAGCUAAUCAAUGUGCAAUACCAUGUGUUGUGCAGCUUCUCUGGCGUGUCCUUUGACUAAGUCCCUGCUUACAUAACUGGCAUGUAAGAAAAUAAAACCAUCCUACAACAGGCUGAUGAUGUGAGCAACUGUAAAAAUAGGUAACAUAGGGAGAAGAAAAAGGGGUUAAGUGAUGGCUGCCAGUGUUCUCUAGGAUGACUCUUCAAACAGGUUAGAGAGCUGAGGAGGUACCAAGCACCUGCUUCCAGCAGCAAGCACUGAGGGGAAGCCUGAACUGGUAAUAGAAAAUUAGGUGGAGGAACAGAAAGCAAAGUGGUGCUUGUGUUCAAGGGUAAGGUCUGAAGCAGGUGAGAACAAAACUGUAUUGAGCUAUGAAAACUGCACUCCUUCUGGAAAACCUCACUCCAACCCAUUUGCCUUGGUUUCACAAAACUCUUUUGCUUGGGAGUCAUGCCAGGUAAAAGGGAUGUAUUUAGUAAAUCAGCAUUUUUAAGUGAGUCCCCAGAACACAAACUGGCAAAGGAAAGCACUGCUCUUAAAAAAAUCAGUGAGACCCAGUAAUCUCUUAACACCUUGACAGCUGCCUGACUGCAGCUUUACCACUCUCUGGGCCAAUAAUUGCAGAAAUAUGGGGAGGCAUAGAGGAAAGUCUCUUCCAGAGAGGGGACAGUUUACAGGGAAAGGACUAAUUUUAAUGUAGAUCCUAGCACACCAAAUGGAGAGUGUUUUCCUUCCUGUUUUAAAAGUUCAAGUGGCAUGUACUUUGGAAAGAAAAAAAGAAGCCUGUGUUCUCCAGCUCUACUGUGCACUUGCUCAACAAUCAUGAAAUUGUGUCCUAGACCAGAGGCAAAGAGAUGUGGAAUGGCACAACACCCAACUUGGAAAAUUCAGAUUCCAGACAGGAUCUGAGGACAAUUCCAUGGGAUUGAAGAUGUACUCCAGCAUGAUCCCAUUGCAAAUAGCAGUUGCAGAGUUCUUGAUUGAAUGAAAGCAGCAAGGUGACACUACAUCUGUACAAACUAUUAGCUAGACAGCUACUAUAAUAUAGUGCUGCUUUUAAAAGGAUGUUGGAAAGCCUGAAAUAUUCAGCAGUGGCAAGGAUGACUCAUGGUAUGGAAAAACCUGUAAAGAGCAGUAACAGCUCAUUCCAUUAAGUUUAACAAAUGUAAGGUUAAUGGUGGCUUAGACUUUGGCUAUAAUUGCCAAUGCAAGGACAGUUUAUCUGGUAUUUCAGCACUUUCUAGUUUAGUUGUCAUCAUAAAAAGCCACUGCAUUGCAAGACUGAUCUCUUUGCUCAAGAGGUGCAGAGAAUCCUGACCAGACUUGGUGUUGUGGGAAAGGUUUGAGUGUAUUUGUCAGAAAAUUUGUUGACACCCUGGGUAGAGGGGGGUGACUUAAUAAUGCUGAGUUUGGAAUCUUUGCAGCUGUUUUUUUAAGGAAUCCAGCACUAAUAUUCCUCAAGGGCUAAAAAAUAAGAAAGACAUUUGCAAUUGCAUUCAGCAUCAGUUCCCAAGGUGCCAAAUUUGGUGAAUAGCCCUUUCCAGGAGAGAGCUGUUGUAACACAGUGUGAUGUGAAUGCACAGUAGACUAGAGGCACUUUUACUGGCUUUGAAGGAGCAGUCUGAAAGGUAAAUUUUCUACUUCUAGAGCUAUUUUUAAUCUUUUAAAUCUCAGGAUAAGCUUGCUUCCCCAGAGCUGCUGGUAGCAGGAAAUAGCAUUAUGUGUUCUACUGUCCAAGCAGUAAUCAAUGUCCUGUGUAGCACCCUGCCAUGCUAGUUGGAGAUUUUUCCUCCUUGAGGAAUUACACAAAGACAUUCUAGCAGAACCCUUCAGCAGCAAUUACUUUAGUCUGAAACUGUUAGGAAACAGGAAAUUUCAGAAGUCAAGGAUCUGUCUUGACUUAUAUGAGACAUGAGUUCAGCAGAACAAUUCAUUGUGAUAUGAGGAAGUAUCCUAGGUACCCGUGAGUACAGGAUAAGAUUCCUAACUCUGUCCAGUUUAGCAUUACAGAUAUUUUCUCAUUCCUGCAGUGAUGUGCUAUUCAGGGUAUCUGGGCAUUAUUCUCUAUAAACCCUAAAACCCAGAACAAAAAAUGUCCAGAAUUAAGGGGAAAAUAUGGAGUAAUUAUGCUACCUGCAACCAGCUGGAGAGCUUUGGCUGUCUGGAAAUAACAGAUUUCUCCCACAGCUCUCCCAGGCUUUUCAGCACUCACCAUCCUGUUGCCACUUAGGCAACACCUGCUCACCUAGGGAUUGCCCCAGAAAAAUAUCAGAAAGCCUACUUUGGUAUUUUUUUAGACAAUGAACUGCAAAAUGAGCUGCAACAGAGGUCCAGGCAUGACUAUAAAGGUCACACUUCAGAGCACAGAAAACCAUUCCUAGCAAUGGCCACGUGGAAUUUUCCUGCCGAAAGUGGAGCAGGAAGUGGAGAGCAAGGAUCUCCUCACUGCUGUUGACUAAACAUGUGCUUCCCAUAUGUUGGAUGCAUCAGCUAGCUGGGGCCAAGGGAAAGCUGCAAUAGCCCCAGCUUCCUUUUUCUGCUAUCCAGAAUGAGCACAGUAUCAGGGGUGUCAAAUUAAACAAGAAGAAACUCAGAGAGACAGGCAGGGGUGAAUGCAUUUCAGAAGUGAUGGUGAUAACUCCAGAAAUCUUUAGUGGUGGCUUCAGGCUUCACUUCCCAGACCUUUGUUCUUCCAAGCAAAGUUUAUUCUUUCAAAUCAUGGACUCUGUUAACCAUACACACACAAAGUUCUUGAAUAACUAACCUGAACCUUCGACUUUAAAUGCUCUGCCAAGUCCUUUUCAAGCCCCCUUUCUCUGGAAGGAGAAGAUACAUUCUACUCAGUAAUGGAGCAGAGCAACAACAAUGUAGAAGAUUUCUCCUUGAAUGUCUUUUCUGUCACUCCUCGUCAGCCAAGCAGAUCUGAUGCCCUGGUGUCAGACGGGGAUAAAGCUGGCACCACUCUGCUCUUUUCAGGUGUGUUUUUGGGGCUGGUGGGGAUCACCUUCACCGUGAUGGGAUGGAUAAAAUACGACGGCAUCACUCACCUGGAGUGGACUCAGUUACUGGGGCCCAUCCUGCUCUCUGUCGGGGUGACUUUUAUCCUGAUCGCCGUCUGUAAAUUUAACAUGCUGACCUGCAAGCCCUGUAAGGAGAGGGAGGAGAGCGCGUCAGAGCCCGAGCAGGCUGCGAGCGGGCAGUCCUUUGUCUUCACGGGCAUUAACCAGCCCAUCACCUUCCACGGUGCCACGGUGGUCCAGUACAUCCCGCCGCCCUACCCAUCCCCGGAGGGCGCUGCCGGCUGCCUCCACCCCGUGCUCGGCUGCUGCUCCGCUGCUGCCCCCGGCACCUCGCCGGUCCUGGCUGCGGCUUCUCCUCGCUUCUGCCCUGCCUACGUCCUGGACAACCUGGCUUUUACCGGAGAGGAGAACUACGCUGCCUAUCCUGCAGAGGAUCCCAGGAGUCAGAGGUCAGAGGACAGUUCUGAUGAACCAGAAGGACUCCUGGAAGACUGUGCCUGUAAUAACUUGUCACCUCCACGUUAUGAGGAAAUAUACCCUUUGUCUUCAUGAAAUCAUCAUGGACAAGAGACAACAAUCCUAAGAGAUGACAACAAGAAUCCCAAAAAAUCUUUUCUUUCAAACACUUGUGUUUGUGGGCAAGAUCUUGGUAUUUGUACCAAGUUCAGUUCAGUAUCACUGAAGAUACUUAACUGAUCCAUUUCUUUUUCUCUGUCAAAAUUUGUUAGCCCUUUGCAAUGCAGCAUAAUAGCAGAGCUAUUAAUUAUUUAAUAGCAAAACUAUUAAUAGCAAAGCUAUUAAACUUGGGGAUCUAAAUCCAUAUUAGGAUUCUUCAACAAGAAGCUUGAUUUUCAGGCUUGCUGAAACCAGUGUAAACUGUGAAUGCACAAGAUGUUUGUGGAAAAUUGUGAUUGCUCCUAGAUAUUCAGCAUAUUUAGAAAAUACUUGAUUUUUUUUUCUUGAUGUAUUUUCAUUCUUGAUUGCUUGGGGAACUUCCAAAGUGCUCAAGUGUCUAAUCCAUGAAACUGUAUUUUAUAUCUUAAUUUUGUGUGAUUCUUUAGAAGAGCUUACUCAUUCAUAAGUCCAAUCUACAGAUUAGAUUUCCUUAGCUUGCUUUACCUGGACAAACCAGUCCUGUUGCAUAACCCAGUCCUGUAGGUGUAUUUUUAGAGCAUCCUGCUUGAACCACAGAAGAGAGAAAACAAAUAGUGACUUCUGCCCAUUUUUACACAGAUCUCUAAGUCAUCCUGCAUGCAUGAAAUUCAGUUCCCUUCUCUGCCUGAUGGGAGGCAAUGCACAGUCUCCCACCAGGAGUCCUAAUAACUAUGAGGUUAAUGUCUCUAAAGAAAAUGACAUUUUUUGAAGCCUCAGCAGAGAUGUGUGAUCCCACCACUGUUCAGGACUUUGACAAUCAGAGCUGCUGCACCCCCACUCUGUGGGAGGGCUGUGGGGAAACCCCUCUGAGGUCCCUUCCUGUUUGAAUGUGGGUCUUGGGCACACAGCCCAGGCUGCAGGUUGGCCCCAGAAUAUCUAGACAACUGCGGUAAAAUUCCUUGCUCAAGUACAGCUUGGUUCCAUGCCUUGAAUCCACAAUGAUUUGAGAUUGGCUCAUUUGAUUAGAGAAUGGUGUUGCUGAACACCAAGACUCUGGGUUUGAUCCCUGUAUGGGCCACUUAAGGUUUGGACUUGAUGAUCCUUGUCAGUCCUUCCAAUUAACAAUAUUCCGCUAUUCUGUGAAAUGUAUUUACAGCUGUAUUUAACAAAAGAUAAAGUGUAUUAGCUCUGAAAUUUUGCAAUCCAGACUGAAGAUCCCAAAAUCUUUGCUCCGGAGCUUUUUAAACCCCAGAGCAGUGACAGUGCUGAGUCCCUACUUUUUUAUUUUGUUUUUCUACAUCUGUUUCAGAUCCUGCUUUUGAAUGUACCUAGAAGUGGGAUAGAGUUGGACAAGCCAGUAUUUCCCAAUGAUGAAGGGGAAACCCAUUAGGUUUGCUUAUCUCCCUCAGAGAGCUCAAACCAAAAGCUGCUCUCAGCUCUCACCUGCACAGGUCAGUGUCUGAAGUGGCCAAGCUGUGCAGUGCUGGUGUGGCUCAGUCUCCUGGCCUGGCACAGCACAGCUAAAAGCAGGUGUCCAUUGUGGACUGCAUCAGCUUUCUCUGACUUGUCAGUGCAGCUGUCUGGGCUCUUGCCAGGUUUCACCCACCUGUGACUGAGCUCCUUCCUGGGGCUGGAGGAGGCUGACAUUUGAGCACAGACAAUUGCAAACCAACCUGAUGUAGAUGACAGCUGGAGGUCUCAGAGUUUCUAUGCAGCUCCUCCAGCAAUCAGGAGACACAGCUCUGGAUGGAGAUGUGCAUUCAGAGCAUUGCCCAGCUGCAUGGACCUGCACAACUCACUGUCCUGCACACUCAGAGGUUGCCAAGAAAUAAAGCAUUUGGGGGGAGGCACAAAACAAUCUCUGUGCUCUGCAGUGAUGGACAAGACACUGACAGAAGUCAUAUUUGGGACACACCAUUUAAACAGACUCAAAGCUGGAUUAGCAACUGCAGCAGCAGCUGCUGAACAGUGACUGCAAGCUUUGUGUGAGGUUUUUCUCAUUAGAGAAAUAUGGGACACGCUGUUUCCCAGCAGUGGUGGCCUGGUGUUAGCAGGUAGUUGGAGAAGGGGAGGCAUGCUGUGUUCAGCAUGAUCCCGAUGGGAUUGAGCAAGAGAACAGAGGAUCUAAAAAUAAAUGCUAGUUUCUCUUAUGGAAGUGUCUUGCUCCUUUUCUGGAAUUUGCACAGAGGUGAACUCAUCUUCCCUCCACAGCAGGAAGCUGGAUGGUCCCAAAUCCCCAGUUAGUUCCACAUGGACAGAGCCCUGCACUUAGCACUUAGUUCUGCUGACUCCAGCAAGCACUGCAGUAGCACAGAGGUCAGGCUUGAUGGAUCCAAUUGCAGGACUAGGGUCAGAAUUUCUGCCCAGUCACCCUCCCCCACAACAAGAAAAUUCCUGCAGUCAAACACCACAGAUUUUUCCUGCUCUUCCCUCCUCCCUGCCCCCAUCCCCCUGGCAUAAGUUUCGUGUGUUAAUAGUAUCUUUAUUUUUAUUACAUCAAAUAAUACUGGCAGAGUAAAUGAAGAAAACUCAGAGGGUUGUGCUGUGGACUCUGUUGAUUUUAAAGUUUACUUCUAGCAACACUAUAUUCAUUGAAAAGAGUUGGAAGGGUCUUGGACUUCUCUUUAAAGAGAAGAUUGAAUAUUUAGUUUAAAUAACUACAUACUGAAUUUGUCUUGACCCAGCAGAUGAAUUCUGGCUGAAAUCUUGUGGGAGUCUUCUCACACUCAACAGAUAUUUGAGAAGCUCCAGGGUGGUGACAUUUCCUUGCUGUAUUGAGUGAUGAUCAUCAAUUUUAAGAACAGAGACAAGUUCCAUAAAGGCUUUUUCUUCCUUCUCUUCCUUCUCUUCAUUCCACCUUCUACUUUCAUCCUUUUUUUUUUCCAUUUUGACAGUCUUUUUAACUUCAGGAUUUGUGGGGGUUGCUGGGGGUGCGUGUGUUGUCUUUGUUUGUUUGAAUUUUGGAAAUUUUGUUAGUUUGUUCUUACUGUGAUAUAAGCAUCACAUGGAUUCACUUCUUAGCAUUAAGAAUUCUUUCUGCCCAGUGAUGAGUUAAAGAACAAACCUCUUCAGCCAAGUCUUCAGCCACGGUGAACUGUCACAGCCCUUCUGGAUUAUACUGAUGUAACCCCACAAAGCACCUGAAAGACUGUGUUUGAGAUUUUGCUCAAUCCAUUUUUAAUUUAGGAUGGUGCUCUUUAAGCAGCAUUGCAUUCCUCCACAUUGCCUUCAAUACUAGUGCAGACCUGCAGAAAAUAUUGGGGAUUUAACAGUUUAUAAUAUGUCUUUUAUUCUAGUCAUAGUGAUCAAAUGUUGUAUGUAUUGUCAGCUAUGUAACCCUGCAUGAAUUCUUGGGAUUUUUCCCAAUAUAACUAUAUUUAUAAGAAUUUGGUCAUAAACUGGUUGACAUAUGAAAUCAGUAGAGGCAUGUUUAUUGAUGUGAAACUGAGCAUCACCUAUUCAUUUCAGUAAAAACUCUGCACAGAAGUUCC